AUGCCGGAUGAGCCGGAGCCCCAGCAGGCUUCGGAGGCAGGCGGCCCGGCUGCUGGGGAGCCCGAGCGCGCCACGCCCGCCCCCGAGCCCCGGCGGAGCCUGUGCCAGCACCUGCUGGACCUGCUGGGAAUCUUCCCGCACUUCCCUCUGCCGGGGCUCCUGGCAGCGAACAAGCCCAAGCCGCCGCCGCAGACCGUCCCCACCGACCCUGGGCCAAGCAGUGAGCCGCUACCAAAGGCGGCAGCACCAGCGCCGGAGCCGGAGCCGAAGCAGCCCGAGCCCCCUCGACAGCCGGUGCACAUGACGCCCGCCCAGAUGCGCAUGGUGCGGCAGAUCAGCAAGCAGUGUAAAGGCACCAUGAUGUCCCUGGAGCGGCGCAACGAGCCGCAGAUGCUGCGGAGCUUCUGGAAGCACUACCCGUCCUACAGGGUGCAGCCGCUGCUCCAGAAGCGCUACCACGAGCUCCUGGAGGCUCGCGCCUUCAACGAGUGGCUAGAGAACCGGCGGAUUCGCAAGGAGGGCGAAGAGUACACCGACACAGUGGGCCGGCUCACGGACGCCGUGAACCGCCGGGUGCCGCAGCUGCGGUUCGCCCCCGCGGCGCGGGCCGGCGUGCAGCGGGCCGGCAGAGACAUCGCGGCGGGGCGCAACACUCAGGAGUCGGGCGAAGAUGGAGGAGAGGUCCUGGGCUACAUAGAGGAGGGCGAGCCCCUGCCGGUGGAGCUGCCCAAGCGCAAUGCCUCGAUCUACAUGGCCUCCCACUUCUAUUUGGACGAUUUCCCCCAGUCCUCCGAGCCCCUCUCCGACCAGCCGCUGCCGCACACCCACGUGAACCCCGCGGAAGCCUUCGAGGCAGAGGAGAUGCUGCGGCAGCGCAGCUUCUUCAGCGACACCAGCAGCGACUUCGGCGGGACCGACACCGCGCAGGCGCUGCGCAGGGACGGCUUCGACGCCCCCCAGCCGCCCUCCUUCGGCAGCCGGCUGCGGGAAUCCGGCGCCCACGCCGCGGAGACGGCCAUCGCCGGGUUGGGGGUCGGGGCCGGGCAGUACGCCGAGAGCGCCGCCCACAGGGGCCUGGACAGAGGGGAGCGCUGGCUGGAUCGAACGCUGAGGGUGCCCCCGGCGGAAGGCUUGGCGCCGUCGCCGGACGAGGCAGCCGUGGACCCCCAGGACAUCGAGGCCUUCACGCAGGGGCAGGCCGCGGCUUCGGCCGGCGAGGCAGCGGCUGUGGCCGAGGGUGGAGGCACGCUGGCGUUGCUUGGCGAGGCCGCCCUGGGCACCGCGGCCGGCAUGGGCGCGGCGGCAGGGGGGCUUGCCGUGGCGGGCGCGGGUGGAGGCACGGACAGCGACCAGAGCCGCCCCAGCAGCGCCGUGGACAUCCAGACCUUGAACGGCAUGCAGGAGUCAGCCCUCGUUCGACCAGCUGCGGAGCGACCUCGAACUUGCGUGAACGCAAGCGGGAUGGAGAACGUCACGCAAGCGGUGAACGAUGAGCUCAUGCAGAGCUUGGACUACAAGCUCGCCACCUCGAACGUGAAUUACGUGCAGUCCAGGCGCGACGUACAGUAUUACCCGUCGAGCCUGUCCACGUUCACGCCCACCACCAGUCGCGUGGCGAGGAUUCCCCUCACCAGCGGCAUGGACUUCAUUGACCCUGAAAGCGUGAAGAUCGCCUUCAGGGUCAGGAACAACAACACCGACGCAGACGGCCUGUUCCCGGGCACCAUCGAGCCCAGCUGCUUCAUCAAGAGGGUCCAGCUCUACUCCAACGGGCAGCGAACCGACGAUAUAUCAGAGUAUGGCAG